AUGGGGCGCCUGUGCCAGGUAGUCAUGGAGUUUGGCCCCUUCCGAUGUUGCCGCGCUCAAGAGGAUCUGUCGUCGCUAUCUGAGCAUUGGUUAUUUGAGCUCAUCAUUGCUGUCCUCUUCGCUGCGUUCAAGUCGGCCACUCCCUCUGGCAGCAUCCUUUACGCGGCCAGCCGACGUAAGGUGGCACAUGUCAUUCAAGCUGUAGCCCAUUCGAGGCUGAAAAGGAGGAAGACUGUCAAUGACGACUCGACACUAUUGAACCUCAAUAAGUUCGGCGAGGAUGUCCUCCAAGAUCUUCUGGACUCCGGUUAUGAGAUUGUAGCCGCUGGUGUAACCAGCAGCUCUGAUGAAGAGGGCGUGGCUCACGAGGGCUUCCCUGACAACAUCAGUGCGGACCUCGAACUGGUCCCCAUCCGACGGCAAGGAGAUUCCAGUUCUCCGCAUCAGCUUGUUCUAGAAGGGUGCAAGGAAUGGCUCUGGUUCAGGAAGGCAUGGCUACGUAUGGUUCUGCGUGCCUGGAGGAGCGAUGUAGAGAGGGCUCGUCGGAAUGCAAUAGAUGAAUCUCUCCGGAAAAAUGCAGUGAGAGAUGCCUCGUAUUACCGCGAUAAACUCAUCCAUAAGUUCAGCAACUUAUUUAUACGCGCUGAGUCGGCCAGGGUGGCUGGGGUGUACCUCACUGCAUGGUGGGGGCUAACACGACAGGCUAAGCUAGAGAAGGAGCAACGAAGAGUUGCUGACUUACAGGACACUAUGAAGGAUACCGAGACACGCCGACGAGCGGCUCUCACCACUUGGGGACUUAACUUUAUUCUACGCUCGAAUGAUGCCUUGCAACACGCCAUGCUGGGGGAUUCUUUCUACUCCUGGAAAAGCUACACUAGGACUAUGACGGUCGAGAGGCUCAAAUUGGCAGUGGAAAGGGAACAGAAUAACAUAAGAGAGUGGGGCUGCAAGUACUUUACUGCGUUGAACAAAGGCGCCAAUACUACUUUGAAAAAGGAAGCUCUACUGAAAGUAUCGUUCCGUGGCUGGCAGAGAGAAGUGGCCGCCGCACGACUUUUCAAUAGAGUCACAACAGAGCAUGCAGCUCGGUCUGAGCAGGCUGAGACUAGAUUAGCGCAGCUCGUGGACACACUGAGUUCACGUCUUUUCCAAGUCACCACGUCGGUCUGGACCAUCCACUUAGCGUUGGUCGCCUGGAGAGCCUUGACACGAGAAGGAGUAGCCCAGAGGCAACUGGACGUGAACCCGUCUCGCAGGAUCAUCACGGUUUCUAUUGAGCUCCUCCUGCAGAGCCUCUACUAUGCUGCAGUGGACUCCCGUAUUACGAUGGCGGAGAGCUUCUUCGACCGUGCCCAUCUAGAGAGAUCGGGGCAUUUGAAAAGACGAGCUUUCGGUGGGUGGAAGGCCGAAGCACUUCUCCUGGGUGUGCAGCAGAGAGAGCUUGAGCUACGCCAACAAUUGGCAGUCUCACAGAAAUCAAUAGCUAACCUCAUGGUAGAGCAGUCGAGUAUGCAGGCCGAUGCUCACCUGCUCUCUAUCGUCUUGAGAGAGUGGUCUCACGCUGCAGCGAAGGGAGUUAUUAUUAGGCAGCUGGAGUCCAACAAGGGGGAAGCCUCUGCGGAAGCCGAGAAAAAUCUGACGCAGAGGGUGGCUCGAGAGAGAAUGGCCACAGCGACUGAAGCGCUGAAUGCCAUGGUAGCGGAGAAAGAGGCUUUGGUGGAGGAGAAUGAGAAGUUGCAUGCCAGCAGUGAUGUACUCCACAACGAAGUAGAGCGACUGAGAGGUCUUCUGGACGGGAAGUCCGAGGGGGAUGCAGAGAGCGAAAGCUCGUCAUCGUCUGAGGAAGAAGAUCUCGAGAGGUGUUCACCGGCGUGGCAGCCCAGGGGUACUCCCCCAGACGAGGCCAUCAUUGGCAGGCUGGAUCUCUAUGAUGCCGAAGAGAAUUUGAAUAACGGGGAAUACUUUAUGGAGAAGCCUAGCCAGGUUAAAUGCCUGCCUAGUCGAAGGCUCUUUUACUGUGUGAGGGAUAUUGAUGAUUAUCAGAGCUACUUGGAAGUAUUCGAGAAUGCAUCUCUGAGGAGGAUGAGAAGUCGCUACUCCCUCAACGACGUAUGCAAUGCCAUCUACGACUGGCCCAAUAGGGAAAUAUCAAUAGACUCGGAAGCUUACUCUGCGGGAGUGAUGAGGUCGUUGAAGAGGAAAACGCUGAUGCAAAUGACUGACGACUUCUUCAUUUCCCUUAUCAAAAUAGCACGCGAGAGUGUAUCCCGUCGCAAACGGUUCAAACAACAAAAAAUGGAGUCGAAGAUUCUGUCCCUUGACAGCGCAGAGCAAUCGGUCGCACCGCGAAGAAACUCACCUGCAGUAGUCGAGUUCGAACAGCUGGUAGCGGGCAGUUUCCCCGACAUCCGCUUCUAUCGCGUGAAUCUCGUAGAAGCAACUCAAGCUGAGCUACUGCAAUUGCAGUGGAUAACCAUUCCCCGAGUAAUUAUUCUGAGUGCUUAUCGAGACUCUGGUAACAAAACUUUCGCCACCAGCAUCGAUCCACCUUUCGACGCUGAGAAAACGGUAUCGUAUAUAGCCAACGUUACAGGUUUGGAGAUCGCCACUGAAUCCCAUUUCUACCGAUCCGCGCCCUUGUACUCGGACGAGUUCAACGUCCGGCUGCGCUUCGAUCCGAGUGUUUUCUCCUUCCGUGACUGGACGGGACUCACAGUGCUGGCGUACAUUUGCGUUAAGUCUCUGUUGCUCCCAGUGCUGAAGAAGAUGCAUAAGUUCGUGCUCAGUUGCGUUGUCAAGCUCUGUUGA